AAUAGUCCAUACUCAUUAUACCAAGUAACCAUGCAUUUGACCCUUCUCAGUUUGCUUUUAUUUCUCAAACUUUCAUCUUAUUCAGCAUUUGAUACUAUGAAUCAAGGUUCAUCCCUCUCAGUGGAAGAACAAAAAGAUAUCAUAGUAUCACAAAAUGGCAUGUUCAGUGCUGGCUUCUAUGCUGUUGGUGAAAAUGCCUAUUCCUUUGCCAUUUGGUUUUCUGAACCAAAUCAUCAAACCACAAACCUUACCAUAGUAUGGAUAGCAAACCGUGGCCAACCAGUCAAUGGAAAAGGCUCAAAACUUUUCCUUCUCAAACAUGGUAACCUUGUCUUAAGAGAUGCCGAUGAGUCUCACGUUUGGUCCACAAACACUGCCUCACUUUCCUCUGUUGAUCUCCAACUUUUAAACACCGGUAACCUUGUUUUACACGGUGACGGUUUCACUUUGUGGCAAAGCUUUGAUUUUCCUACUGAUACACUUCUACCAAACCAAGUUUUCAACAGACAUUCAAAACUAGUUUGUUCAAUAAGCGAAACAAACAAGUCAUCUGGUUUUUAUACGUUGUAUUUCGACAACGACAAUAUUCUUCGUCUUCUUUACGACGGUCCUGAAGUAUCAAGUAUUUAUUGGCCAGAUCCUUGGCUAACUGAUUGGGAUGCUAAAAGGGCUGGUUACAAUAACAGCAAAGUCGCGGUUUUGAAUACUAUUGGUAACUUUAGUUCAUCAGAUGAUUUCAAUUUCAUGACUUCUGAUUAUGGAGAUGCGCUGAUGCAGAGAAGACUAAGACUUGAUCCUGAUGGAAACAUUCGCACUUAUAGUCGAAAACAUGGAGGACAAAAAUGGUACAUAUCGUGGCAAGCCAAAUCAAGACCUUGUAGAAUUCAUGGUGUUUGUGGCAUAAAUAGUUUGUGUUCUUAUUAUAGUAACAGUGUGAAAUGUUCUUGUCUUCCAGGCUAUAAAAUGAAGAAUCAUCAAAGUUGGGCUUAUGGAUGUGAACCAGAAUUCUCUCUUUCAUGCAACAGAACCGAAACUCGGUUUCUAGUUGUAUCGAAUGUGGAGUUAUUUGGUUAUGAUUAUAGUAUCGUGAUAAAUUACACACUUGAACAAUGCAAAGAGUUAUGCUUGCAAUUAUGUAACUGCAAAGGUAUCCAAUAUACCUAUGUCAAAGCCGGCAGUGGUAUACCUGGUACUUAUACAUGUUACCCAAAAAUGCAGUUGCGAAACGCAUAUCGAAUACCUUAUUUCAACGCUGAUUUGCACAUAAAAUUGCCAGCAAACAGUUCAUACACUUACAGGGAAUCAAUGGAUGACAAGUACAAGCUUGCUUGUUUGGCGAAUCCGAAAACAACAACUCUUGAAACAUCAUACAACAAAGUUCAUGAAGGAAGGUAUAUUAUUCGGUUUUUGCUCUGGUUUGUAGGGGGAAUGGGAGUAUUAGAAAUCUUGUGCUUAUUUCUUUUGUGGUUUUUCUUUGUAAGAAAAAAACAACAAAGUUCAGAUACAAGAGUGUAUAAUAAUUUGUGCUUAAUUGGUUUUAGAAAAUUCAGUUAUUCUGAAUUGAAAAAAGCUACCAAAAGUUUUAGUCAAGAGAUUGGAAAAGGCGCAGGAGGAAUUGUUUACAAAGGUGUAUUGUUGGAUCAACGAGUUGUCGCGGUGAAGAGACUCAAGGAAGCAAAUCAAGGCGAAGAAGAGUUUCUCGCAGAAGUAAGCAGCAUUGGAAAGCUUAACCACAUGAAUUUGAUUGAAAUGUGGGGUUAUUGUGCAGAGGGAAAACAUAGAAUGCUUGUGUAUGAGUUCAUGGAUAAUGGUUCUUUAGCAGAACAUAUAAAGUCUAAUAAAUUGGAUUGGGGAAAAAGAUUUGACAUAGCUUUAGGCACUGCAAAAGGUUUGGCUUAUAUCCAUGAAGAGUGUUUGGAGUGGAUUUUGCAUUGUGAUGUGAAGCCACAAAACAUUCUUUUGGAUUCUAAUUAUCAACCAAAGAUUUCAGAUUUUGGUUUGUCGAAAUUGAGAAACAGGAAGGAUUCUAAAUUCUCUAGUUUUUCGAAGAUACGAGGAACAAGAGGUUACAUGGCACCUGAGUGGAUUUUGAAUCAUUCAAUAACAUCUAAAGUUGAUGUUUAUAGCUAUGGAAUGGUUGUGUUGGAAAUGAUAACUGGAAGAAGUGCAACAAAGGAUGUUGAUAUGGGUAAUGAUAAACUAGGUUUGGUUAUAUGGUUGAGAGAGAAAAGAUACAAAAGAAUUUCAUGGAUUAAUGAAAUUAUGGACCCCACCUUAGAUGGAGGCUGUGAUGAAAGUGAAGUUGAAGCUUUGGCUGAAGUGGCUAUGCAAUGUGUAGAGGAAGAGAAGGACAAGAGACCUACAAUGAGUCAUGUGGUAGAAGUGCUUCAGAAAAUUUGCCGUGAAAAUGAUGAUCAAGAAUCAGCACGUAGCUAGUUCAACACACAACUAUGAGACUUAUGUUUUUGUUUUGUCUUCCAAAUUGUUAGAUUUUGAUGAAUUAUGUGUACAUAGAUAUAUAGUGUCUUGAUGGAAUAAUAUGUUGUGUGUGUGUGUGUUUUUUUUUGAGGAAAAUAUGUAGUGCAUUGUAGUGACAAUAAUGUAUUGUAGUCAUUGAAAUAUGAAUGAAACUAUUAUCUAGUGGUGUGUA